AUGGUAGCUGAUGUUCAGAAGCAUCUUACAGCAUGGGUUCUUGAACCUAGCUUUGCAUCACAAUCAGCAACGGAGCAUAGUAAAAAUGCAGAUUCUGUGAUCCACCUUAUUCAUACUGACAUAACCUCUAUGAGACUGUCCUGCGGAAGCUCUUGGGUCGCCGGCUCCAUCCAUGGGUCUAUCCAGGCCACCCUGACCUUCUGCCUGCCCUACUGUGGGCCCAAUCAGGUGGAUUACUUUAUCUGUGACAUCCCUGCAGUAUUGAGACUGGCCUGUGCUGACACAACUGUCAAUGAGCUUGUGACCUUUGCAGACAUCGGGGUAGUGGCCGCCAGUUGCUUCAUGUUAAUUCUGCUCUCCUAUGCCAACAUAGUCCAUGCCAUCCUGAAGAUACGCACCACUGAUGGGAGGCGCCGGGCCUUCUCCACCUGUGGCUCCCACCUAAUUGUGGUCACAGUCUACUAUGUCCCCUGUAUUUUCAUCUACCUUAGGGCUGGCUCCAACAGCCCCCUGAAUGGGGCAGUGGCUGUGUUUUACACUGUUGUCACUCCGAACCCCCUCAUCUACACACUGAGGAACCAGGAAGUGAAGUCUUCCCUGAAGAGGAUAACAGCAGAUCGAAGGGCUGUGAAUGAAAAUAAGUAA